CGCGUGCUGACCAGGACGUGUCGCAUUUACUUUUUAUCAUAAGCAGUAAUCGUAGACAUCUGCUGUUGUUAUACCACACCCUUUGAAACCCAGAGCCGCGUUUGGCAUGAUUCUUCUUAUCGUGCAGCCUCUAUAUACAUGGAACAUGAUUACAUGAAGCACAACCACGACUAUGAAUUGAAAAGCUAUGUAUCCUUAACACCAAUUGUGCCGAAGGGCUGGUGCGAUGCACUCGGCGCUCGGCGGGCUCCAGCGGCAAGCGCAGCGCCGGCUGCUGGUGGAGGCUGUCGUAAUAGAUGAUGCAGCCGGUCCUGACACAAAGCAGGAGGUGGCGGAGGGCUGUGAAGACUCGGACGGUCUUGGCACGCAGCGGGCCUCGUGCCCCUCCCGCGACCGGGCCCGCGCCUCGCUGCGCCGCCUGCGCCCCACAGCCUGGCGAUGCACACAGCCUGACGCCCAUGCUGCUGCCAUCAAUGAGUCUGAGGGCUCAGAGCCCUCAAGCCAGCUGCUGCAGGCUGUUGCAACAACCGGCAAGCGCCUGCCCUGGGCGCACCUGGCCGCACGCGAGGAGGCAGCGGCCGCGCAACAGACAGCGGAGGGGGCGGGAACAGCAGCCGAGUCGCAGAAUGGCGUAGAGGGCGAACAAGCUACGGCACUGCCAACUGCUAAAACGGCGUCGUCAGCCGCUGACUCCUGGGCACAAGCACUGGGGGGAGCGGAACCGCCGGCUCAGGACUGGUCGUGGCUGGCCUCUCCACCCUGGGGUGUGGUCCCGCUGCCGCCGGAGCUGGCGUGCCGGGUCGACCCACAUGGGCGGCUGCGGCUUAGCGGGACCAUUGAGGCUGAUGUAACCGCAGCAACUGCCGCUGCUGAAGCCGCUGCUGCCGGGGGCUCGCCACCGCCGUCGCAGCAUCGACACGCGGACCCAGAUCGUGCGCGGAUGCACGCGCGGCUGCAGCGCACGGCGGGCGCAGUGCAGCAGGUGCUGGCGGUGGCUGCUGCUGCUGCAGCUGCUGCUGCGACGACGGCGGCGGCAGCGGCGGUGGGGGAGGCAGCUCACGUGCGGGCCCUGCUCAAGCCGGAUUGGCAGAUUGUGGGAACGAGCCGUACGCCACAGGGCGGGUUGGCAGGCGUUGAGCUGCCAGCUGCCGUGCAUACGCUGACCGCCGGCUAUGCCUUCCAGGUAGCAGGGAGUCUGCGCCAGCCGCCGCCUUCGGAGCGCCCCGCGGGCCCACUCACGCCGGCGGAGGAGCAGCUGUGGCAGGACCUGGAACAGCUGAAGGCUCGCAUCGACGUGCAAGCGUCACGCCGCGUUCGUGUGGGCCAGGUGGCGGAUUUCUAUGCAAGGUCGCCGCCGCCCCCGGGCGUCGCUGGCGAGGAAAGCGACAAAGAUGUCAGGUUUGCACCUCUCCGUUGUUACGGCAGCGAGCGGCAGGUGGCCCAAGGUUACAUGACGCUCCUGAUGCAGGACUUGUCAGCCAAAACCCGCGCCGGAAGCCCAGACCCGGAGUCGGACACUGGCGGUGGCGGCGGCUGGCGGCGACUGGCCAAGCUGGUUGUGCCUUGGGCGGAGGAGAGGCGUAAGCGAAUAUGGCGUUGGCUGCUGGAAACGGCCGCGGGGCUGGAGGAGGCCGAGGCAGCAGGCGGGGCGGGAAAGGCCAGGACGGCGGCCGAGGGCAGCAGCAGCGUCGCGCUGCAGUGGGGGGCGGCGGCCGAGGAGGUACUGAAGGCCGCAAUCGGCACGCUGGUGCUCCUUUAUUUAGUUGUUCAGGACUUUCUCCAGAUCCAGCAGCAGGCUGCAACGAAAUUCGGCUUCUGCGCAGCUGAACAACUGAAUAUCUUUGAUCCGCUAGUGCUUGCAAGCGCCCUGCCAGCGUACCUAUUGGCACGGGUGGAGCACCCCGAUGUGCACGUCUCGCCAGCCGACUUGUACAACCUCCUAUUGCUAGGCCAAGUGCCAGCAUUCACACACCUUCGCUGGCCGAUCCCGCGCCCAGCCACGGCCGGCGUCGCCGCUGCGUUACGCACAGAGCUGGCGGCGGUGCCGCCGCCUCUGUCUUAUGAGCACGUCCUGGCGGCGGUUGAAGCGAUUUCACUUGAGCCUGACGUGGUGCACGAGUGGGGGCUGCUGCUGCUUACCACAUUUAGCAGCGUGGCCACAGUCGCCCAGCUGCAGAUCCAGACGUGGUUGCUGGCGUGGAAGGCACACCGGCAGAAGCGACGGCAGCAGGCGGAGGCGCGGCGGCAGAAGCGCGAGAUGCAGCGGCGCAGCUUGAGCAUGGCGUGGGGUAUGGGAGGCGUCGACAGUGUCGUGAACGCAUUGUUGGCGAUCGACAGGGCCGAGGGCGGGGAGGGCCAGGUCUUGGACGGGAGCAGCGGCCGCCGCGACUGUGGCAGCGGCAGUGGCGCCGGCAACGGGGGGCACGCGUUGGCAGGUGGCAGCGGGGCAGGGGCCGCCCGCAGCAGGCAGAAUCAGUCUGCGGAGCAGGGGGGUGAGUCGGCAGAGAGGCUUGAGGACAUGCUUGAGUCCGUUGGUCUUGCGGCUAAGUCGCUGGGCCUUACCGGCGUGAUAGCGGCGGCGGCCUCGCUACAGCCUGUGGCCGCGGCCCUGGCAGCGGCGGUGCGGGGGCUGUGCCUCCUGCGCAUCCCGCCGACGCUGUCGGCGCCGGCUCCGCCGCUGCUCUCCGCCAAGGAUGCAGAGAGGGCAAAAGCCGGACUUGCGGCGGUGAUUCCUGGGCCUGACGGCGGCUGUGACGUGCUGCGGCUGCGGCUGCCCUGCGACGAUGCAGCCUACACGACUGCGGCGGUGCUCUGCCUCGACAUGUCAAGCAUCUCUUCAGAGCCUGCCAUUGGCAGCUCAGGCGCGUCCCUCAUCUUUCAGCCCAUCCCCGCGUCCAAGCAGCGGCGGCAGCAGCAGCAGCAGCAGCAGCAGCAGCAGCAGCAGCAGCAGCAGCAGCAGCAGCAGCAGCAGCAGCAACAACGGGGCGACGGGUGGCACGCGGGCGGGGGGCGGGAACUAACGGAAUGGAUGGAGCUCGACGUCUGCCGUACUUUUCCGCCGAUGUGGGACGCGCCCAACGCGCGCUCCGCCUGGCCGUACCCGUGGGACUACCUAUCGUACUACAACGCUGCCCCGGAAUGGGACGACAGUACCUCGCUGGAGGCCAUGGCCAGCCACCUGCGGCGCUUCCUGGUGCAGCUGCGGGCGGGUCUGUGUGCGGCGCACGUGCGCGGCGUGGAGGCCAUUGGGCGGCUGAUGAGCGCGCUGGCAAAGGUACGGGCGGAGAUGCGGGACGGGCCGCGAGGCGCUUCAAGGGACUGCGCUGCGUGGGUGGCUAGUAUUCUGGACCCCGGCGACGAGCCCCAGACAGCGUCUGAGUUGAAGGCGCAGCCAGGCGGUGAAGCCGGCGGUGAAGCGCGCGCGCAGGGUGCGGAGCCGAGCGACACCGUUGACAACGAGGACGACAGCGAGGAGGACGCUGACGCUGACGGGGCCGAGACAGAAGGAGCAGCAAAGCAACGCCGCAGCCGCGCCCCGCGCGGCUCCUUGGUGAGGGCAUGGGAUAGUGCGUGCGCUGCCGGCCAUGUUGUGAUGCCGCUGCAGCCGGAGGAGUCGCUGCGACACACGCUGCCGGUGGUGGCCGCGGCGGCAGCAGACGCGGCGGCGGUAGCUGCGGCGGCAGCAGCAGCAGCUGGUGGGUCUGGAGCCAAGCCUCACAGCCAGAAGGGCCCGAAGCACCGGAGGCGGCAGCAGCUGGCGGCCUUGCAGCCCCCGGCAGGCCGGGCAGGCGCAGAUCCGGCCGGGGACAGCGACGGUGGCGAGAGCAGCGGCGGGGCUGGCACACCGCCGUUGUGGCUGCUGGAGCCGCAGCCCGGGCUGCUGAGGUAUGGGGACUUGCUAUCACAAUACGGUGACGCUGAUGCGGAGUCGGUGGCGUGGCUGGAGCUGCAGCUGGCGGCAAUGGUGCAUGUGUUGCAGCGGCGAGAGGAGGAGCCGGCGGCCACACAGCACCAGGAGGACGAGGGCAGCGGCAGCGGUGCGCACGCGGGGCACAGCAGCAGGCGGCAGCAGCCGGAACAGCAACCGCCACAUGAGCAGCCCGGAAAGGCUCCCGCUCGGAAGAAGCAGCCCCGGCUGGACGUGAAAUUGGAUGUCUUUUUCUUUGAGGUCGUUCCUGGAAAACCCUGGGAGUUGGUGCCACCAACCUCAGCGGUGGUCAGAAAUUUGAAUCGGGCCAUGGAGAAAGAGCAGCUGGCGCAGCUGGUGAAGUAGAAGGCAUAGGUUGAGAGAAGUGCAUUCAGGAUGGCAGGUGCCGCAAUGGCUAGGUGCGAGGGGUUUCGAGGCGCACGAACACAAUGUGCUGGUUCAGAGUCGGGAGACGAAUGUGAGUAAUUCUUAUACUAACUAGAAUGUAUAUAGCGGAGUAGGGAGGGGUUCAUCAUUGUGGCUGAGAGCUCGCACAGAAAUUGCAAUCUAGAUUCCUUUCCCAGCGCCUUUGCGCCGAGCGCUGUCCAUUUUGUAGUAUGAUGUUUAGCCACAGAAGUGAAUAAAAUUAAACUGUAUGAAGA